AUGGCUCUUGAUAGUAAAAAAACUGAAAAAGACAACGAGGCUUUAGAUAAACCAUAUACAGCUAAUGGAGGCAAUAACUUAUUCGCGAAUGACGCUAUUAGGAAUAGUUUUAAUAAAAAUAAUAUAAGCAAAGAUAAGGCUGAUAUAAAAAAAGAAGCUAUAGACAGCGACGACUUAAAAAAGUUAAAUAUAUUUCAGAGAGCAAGAUGUAUGAUGUCUUUGAUCACCGUAGAACCUAUUUUAGCAUGUUACGUAAUGCCGUCCGUCCUUUCAGCUUUAGCAACACAGAAUUUGUAUUUAGAAAAAGCUUGUAGAGUUAAUUUAGCUUUCGAUCAUCAUAUAUGCGAUGCUUUGACUAAAAGACAAACGACCAAUUAUACAUUUGAAGAAGAAGCAGUCCAGACGUUGGUGGCCUCAGUGGCAGGAUGGAAAACAGUAUUACAAUCCUUUCUACCUUGUGGCAUACUAAUAUUUCUUGGAGCUUACAGCGACAGAGUCGGACAGAGAAAGUUCUGUAUGCUUUUGCCUAUCGUAGGAGAGUUUUUAACUAGUAUAGGUCUAAUAGUUAAUACUUACUUCUUUCAUCAAUUACCAGUGGAAGUAGCAGCUGUAACAGAAGCAAUAUUUCCAGCUUUGACUGGAGGUUGGUUUACUAUGUUCAUGGGUGUGUUCAGUUAUAUAGCGGAUGUGACGACAGAGGAACAAAGGACGUUAAGAAUAGGAAUAGUGAAUCUAUUUUAUUCCUUGGGAGUGCCUGUAGGUGCGGCUCUUAGUGGAAUAUUGGUGCGAAAGAUUGGCUUGUACGGUGUUUUUUCCUUGAGUGCAACUUUGUAUGUCUUAAGUUUCUUCUAUGGGUUUUACAGAAUAAAAGAAGUUAAAAGAGAAGAUAUUAGUGUGAAGAAAACUGCGAAUUGUUGUGAAUGGCUGCGAAAUUUCUUUGACACGCGUUACGUUAAAGAUACUCUUAUGGUGGCAUUCAAACCUGGUCCCAACAAUCGGAGACUGAGGGUGAUCAUGCUCGUGGUUGUUUUAUGUGUUGUAAUAGGACCUAUAUAUGGCGAGAUGUCUGUGAUGUAUUUGUUUACAAGAUAUCGUUUCAACUGGAAUGAAGUGGAUUUUAGCAUGUUUUCUACUUACGCCAUGUGCACUUCCCUAGUGGGUACUCUUUUUUCUGUCGGUGUGUUCAGCCACCUGUUAAAAUUUGAUGACGCUAUUAUUGGAGUUAUAUCUUGUACGAGCAAGAUAUUAUCUGGCUUUAUGUACGCGUUCGCAACCAAGACAUGGCACAUUUACAUAGCACCACUUAUUGAAAUAUUCAAUGGCACUUCAUUUAUUGCGAUGAGGUCGAUGGUUUCGAAGCUGGUUGACAGGGACGAAUUAGGUAAAGUAAAUUCAUUUUUCGGCGUAGCAGAAGCAAUGAUGCCGUUAGUUUACGCUCCAAUGUACACUACAGUAUACACAGCUACCAUUAAGACAUUUCCCGGCGCUUUCUUUCUCCUUGGCGGUGGACUUACUGUGCCAGCUGUACUUAUAUUCUUAUGGUUGUAUUUGGCAAAUAAGAAACAUGGUGAUGUAAUACAAGAAAGCAACAAAACUGCCAAAGCGGAAGCCAUAAUUGAAAAAAAUGGUAUAGAAAAUAAAGCUUUUGAAAUUGAAGAUAGCAAAAUUUCUCCCAAAACAGAUGACAAUCAUGUACCGGUUCCCGAUACUUUGGAGAAAAACGUAAACCAGUCGCAAAUUGAAAUGGGAUUCACUGAAAGCAUGCUUUGUACUAGUAAAUUG